CAGCUUUGGGAGUCUACAGAUCAUUGCAGGAGCUAAAGGUUUAGUUUUUUGUUUUUUUGUUUUUAACAAAGGUAAUCUGCAACAGCUGGUAAUCCUUGGAAGUGUCUGCAUAGGUUUGUGCCAAGAAUAUGCCUGUUUGAGGGUUAUUGUGAGUAUAGGAUUAAGUCUUUUUAUUUUUCAGUAGGGUUAUUUUGUUGCAAACUGACAAUAUGGAAAUGAGAUGCAAAGAUAGAAUAAUAUAUAAAACUUUUAGUAAACUUCAGAGGUAGGUGUAGAUUAGUUAGGAGAUGGUAAAAAUAUUUCUAUUUCACUUAGCAAAUGUUAACACGUUUAAGCAUUUGUAAAAUAUUUUAUAAUUGUUAUAAAAUUUUAUUUCCCUCUUCUUUCAACUAACCAAAUAACUUUAAAUUUCUGAUUAAGAAAACACUGUUCAGGGGCCAGAAAGAUAAGAGUAUAGCGGGUAAGGCUCAUUCAGAUCCUACGCAUCUCAUGUGAUUCUCUGAGCAACUGCCAGGAGUGAUCCCUGAGCAACCCCAAUACCGCCCUCAAAACAAAAACAAAGCACUGUUCUGGGACCAGAGAGACAGUGGGUAAGACACUUGCUUGCCUUGGAGGUGACUGACUUGGUACCCCGUAUGAAGUGCCCUGAGCACAGAGCCAGGAGUAUGCCCUGAGCACUGCUAGUGUCUGAAAAACCAGAAGGAAAAAAAAAAAAAACAGGGGCUGGAGCAAUAGCACAGCGGGUAGUGCGUUUGCCUUGCACUCGGCCAACCCGGGUUCGAUUCCCAGCAUCCCAUAUGGUCCCCUGAGCACCGCCAGGAGUAACUCCUAAGUGCAAAGCCAGGAGGUAACCCCUGUGCAUUGCCGGGUGUGACCCAAAAAGCAAAAAAAAAACCCAGAUUUUUAAGAAAACUUUUAUAAGAAUUGCCAGGCAGUUUGACUACUGAAUUCAAGAGGAGAAAACUUAAAUUUUAAGUUACUGCUUUAUGAGAUUUUUAGGCCCUAGAUUUUUUGUUGUGACCUUUCCAUAUAUGUAAAGAUAAAAUAUUUAUCAAAUGAGGGACCAGAGAGAUAGUGCAGCAGGUAAAGUGUUUGUUCCCUGGAGCCUCUCCAGCAGUGAUCUCUGUGUACAGAGCUGGAAGUAAGCCCUGAAUAAUGCUGGGUGUAACCUAAAAAUCUAAAAACAGUGAUCUGAUCCAGACUAGUAUUCUCUUAUAGUUCCAAGAAUGACAUGUGAUUUAGGAUAUAUGAUCAUUUAUGAUCUUUACUGUAGGAAGACAAAAAAAUCAGAUGGGAGAGUAAACGAUAUUGAGGACAGAUUCCUAUAUCAUAGACUUAAAACAUUUUGUCAGUGUUGCAGUUGGAAGUAUAACUAACUACUCGUCAGUCCUUAGUUGUUCUUUGUUCUACCUGACUCAUUAAAAUCCUGCCUUUAUAGUUGUCGGGUUGACUGAACUUUAAAAAUUAAGCUUUCCAAACUUCAGUUGCUGAUGUUUAGUUUUUACUCAUUUAAGGAUUUAAAUAUGUAUGUAUAAUUGGGUUUUGUCACGUUGCAUAUCUGUUUAGAUCUGUGGACUCCACUAGUUCCAAACUGUAACUGUUAAGACUGCUGAUUUGACACUCCGCAGUGACCACAUGUGUACUGCACUAUAAAUACUGUGCUUCUUGGAGCUGAAUGGUGUAGCAUUACUAUGUGGCUUUUCUCUAGUCUUCAUUGUGUCAUCUGUAGUGAGCUUAGAUUUUUGUUUUGGGAAUUUUUACAACUUGUUUGCAUGGGUUCACCUGGUAGCAUUUGGUUUUUGCUUAUCAAGUCUCUUAAUACACAGUCAGCAAAGCUUACAAUCCACUCAAGAGACUUAACAUUUUUUCACUGUGGAUAUGGGUCAAAUUAAGUGUGGCUGUCAGCUAAAAGAAAAUUCCGUGUGGAAUUCAUAUUAAUCCAAUUACUGGCAUAAGUGUAUCUUGUUUUCUCAACAUGUUUUAUUUCCUCGUAUAAAAGCUUGAAAUUGGUCCUAAGAGAUAGUUCAAUGGGCAGAGAGCAUGCUUUGCAUGUUAGAUCCCUGGCACCACACAUUCCCCCAGUUUUGACCAGGAGUGCCCUCGGACACAGAGCCAGGAGGAACCUCUUGGCACUAUUGGGUAUGGUCUAACGAGAUAAAAUAAGAAGCCCUAUUCAAUAAAGUAGAUUUUUAUCUAUGUUUUGGCAGGCUCCAGUCUGUGUCUGAAAUACAGGUUGAUAGUGCUAUUGCCAAAAUGAUACAUUGUUACUGUGAUAGAGCAAAGUUUCUGUGCAAGUUUACUACUGGAUAUUAAUGAAUAAAAACGUUGAGGCAUUAAGCAAUUUUUAUGAAGUUUUUUUUUCAUGAUGAUAAUGUGCUUUCAGUAUAUUGAUAUUUGUUUAUAAAUACACAUUUCUUAUUUUUAAAGGUACUCCAUUUAUAUUUUUACUUUUGGGGGUUGGGGAUUGAACCCAGUGCCACAGCUGUUUGUUUAUUUAUUUACUUAAAUGGAGGAGUACUGCUGUUUAUUCAGCCAUUGAUUAAGCUGAUUGAAUUGGGCAUGAACUCCACAUUACUUUUUUUCUUAAUUGGAUAUCCGUGAGAUAGACCAUUAUAAAGUGCCACAGAUGUUUAAAGCAUGCACCCUCAGUCCCUCAAAGAUUUUUUUCCAAUUUGAAAAUUAUAUCCUUUCUCACACAUAUAGUAGAGGGAAACAAAGGAUAAAAUGUGGUCCUUAAAUUAUCACUGAAGUUUAAACAUAGGAAAAAAGGAACUACCAUCUGAAGUAAAAUAGUUGAAAAAAGUUUGGGUUUUCAGCUGUUUCAUGGUUAACCAGAAUUUCAUGCUCAAAGAGAAUGUCACACCAUUUUAGACUCUAAAACAGUAGGUUGUGUUUUUGCUACCUUUCUUAGGCAAAGAUUAAUAGUUUUAGUAAUUUUACUUAUUUUUUAUUUUGGGGUCACACUCAGUGGUGGUCAGGACUUACUCCAGGCCAUGUGCUCAGGGAUCACUCCUGGCAAGGCUCAGGAAACCAUAUGUGGUGCCAGGAAUCAAACUGGGGUUGGACACGUGCAAGGCAAGCAUCCUACCUGAUGUACAAUAUCUCUAGCCCCUAAUAAUUAUUUUAAAAAUUAGUAUUUUUAUGUGCAUUUAAACUAUAGUCUCUAUCAUGCCUCCUUAUUCAUGAAUCAAACUGGACAAAAGGGACUUUAUCUAGGCCUCCCAAAUAGUCCUUGGCUGUGUUUGGGGGCUCUGUGCCGUGCUGGGGGUUGAACUCAGUGCCUCAUGCAAGCCGGGGAUACAUCCCAGCCUUUGAGCUAUUUACCCAGCCCCCCUUUUUAACUAUUUUUUUUGUUCUGUGAGAUUAUAAGCUCCAUUUGUAUGUUUUAUUUAAAAAUAAAUUAUUUUUUAGUCCUUAAAGUAGUUGUGAAGCAAGAUAGGACUUUUUUGUCUUGGGGCCAUACCUGGCAUGCUCAUGGGUUAUUCCUGGCUCUCAGGAAUUACUCCUGAUGGUGCUUGGGGGGGCCAUAUGGAAUGCUGGGGAUUGAACCCAGCUUGGCUGUGCAAGGCAAGCACCCUUACCUGCUGCAUUAUUUCUCUGGCCCCAUGGUAGUUUUUGUAUUUUUUUUAAAUGAAGCUUAGAUGUGAGGGAAGAGGAAGAGAGAAUGUACAUGUUGAAGGGAGAAUGCAGGCUUGAAAAACAAGCCAGUAGUUACUAUUUUAAAAAUAAAUUUAAUUUUUAUUUCUUUCUAUGUGGAGAUUACCUGUUUAGUAUAUAAAUUAUGCCAAUUCACUGCUUUCUAAAUGAUAGCCAUAGAAAGAAUUGGCAAAGUCACAGACCUACACAGAGAAUAUAUUUCUUGAAUGGGUUGGCUGUUUUGUAUUUGUUCUUUCACAAGUCUAAGUUUAAUAAAGUUUUUUUUUUUUAUCAUUUUAGAGUCAAAGGCUGCUUUCUUUCUUCUACUUACAUGUUAUAAGGUAUUUUGGUGUGCCUUUCUUGUUGUGCCCAUUAUCCUUAAACCUUUUGGAAUUUUGACCAGUGUUGAUAAAAUAUUCUUUUUCCAGUAGGAAAGGGGAGCAGAGCACACUAGCUUUCUGCAGUCAUCGCACUGCCUUUUCCCUUCCAGAACACGCUGUCUGAAAUAAUGGGGAAGGGCCACGUUUUCUGUAUGAGUCAUUCACAUAAUUUAGGAAGUUGGUGAGCAAAAGGGGUUCUAGAAAAUACAUCCUUUUUUUUAAAAAAAAAAUAGAAUGACAGGGACACAAAAUGGCAUUAUUUUAAUGUAUGGAUGGGGCUAGAGAUAGAGUAAGGAGGUAAGGCCUUGCAUGUGGCCCUGGUGACUGUGACCCUGGGUCAGAAAAUCCUCAGCGCCACACUGACACUGCAGGCUGUGGCCUGAAGGCCCCACUCUCCACAACAACAAUUUUAGUGUACUCUCUUUCAUACUUGGAAAUACAUUCCCUACUCAUACUUGGAAAAGUAUAUUUAAGGAAUUAUUUUCACCUUGGUUUUAGAGAACCAAUGUUCACCAUCACUUUGAAUCAAAAGUAUUUUUGCAGUGACAGCCGGCCAUCUUGAGUGGUUUUGUAAAAGUGGUGCUAAUGUGUAUGAUUCUGAAAUUUUCUUUUCCUCCCUCUCCCUUUAACAUUUGCUUUAUCUUUCACUGUUGUCAGUCAUAACACACUGCUCUUGAAUCUCUCAGCUGGUCUUGACUCAUGAAUUUACUUAUGCUUUCACUCUUCUUUAAUAAAUACAUUAAUUGCAAGCAGUGAAUUGAAAACAAGACAAAAGAAAUCGACCAUUAGUGAUUGGACAGUUUCUUACUUUGUGUUACAUUUAACUGUUCUUUUGACAGCCCAGUUUUUAAAGCCAGGAUAAUAUUGGACAUCGCUUACUCCAGAAACAUGGGUGGAAGCUGGGCCAGGGAUUGGGGAAAUCUCUACAGGCAUUUUGAUCCUGGACUUGUUGUGGUGAUGGUAAACUUAGCAGUGGGAGAACAGAUCCCAUUCCAAUUGUUGUCAAGUAUGAUGUCAUGGGCAUGGGCCGCAUGGAAAUGGAGCUCGAUUAUGCCGAAGAUGCUACCGAACGGCGCCGUGUCCUAGAAGUGGAAAAAGAAGACACAGAAGAGUUGAGACAAAAGUACAAGGAUUAUGUUGACAAGGAGAAGGCAAUUGCCAAAGCAUUAGAAGACCUCAGAGCGAACUUUUACUGUGAACUGUGUGAUAAACAGUAUCAGAAACAUCAGGAAUUUGACAACCAUAUCAACUCCUAUGAUCAUGCACACAAACAGAGAUUGAAAGAUCUCAAGCAGAGAGAGUUUGCUCGAAAUGUUUCAUCAAGAUCCCGUAAAGAUGAGAAGAAACAGGAAAAAGCCCUUCGACGACUUCAUGAGUUGGCAGAGCAAAGAAAACAAGCUGAAUGUGCACCAGGAAGUGGGCCCAUGUUCAGACCAACAACAGUGGCUGUAGAUGAAGAAGGUGGAGAAGAUGAUAAAGAUGAAUCAGCUACGAACAGUGGUACAGGUGCCGCUGCCACUUGUGGUCUGGGAUCUGAAUUCUCCACAGAUAAAGGAGGCCCUUUCACAGCAGUACAAGUCACUAAUACCCCAGGACUGGCACCGGCUCCUGGCUUAGCCUCCCAGGGUAUCAGCUUUGGCAUUAAGAAUAAUCAAGGAACACCGCUGCAAAAGUUGGGAGUGUCAUUUUCCUUUGCCAAGAAGGCGCCCGUCAAACUUGAAUCAAUAGCAUCAGUUUUCAAAGACCAUGCAGAGGAAGGAACCUCUGAAGAUGGAACAAAAGCCGAUGAGAAAGGUUCUGAUCAAGGAGUGCAGAAGGUAGGAGAUUCUGAUGGAAGCAGUAAUCUUGAUGGAAAAAAAGAGGAUGAAGAUCCUCAGGAUGGAGGGUCCCUUGCCUCAACAUUAUCUAAGUUAAAAAAAAUGAAGCGAGAAGAAGGAGCUGGAGCUACAGAGCCAGAGUAUUACCACUACAUCCCUCCAGCUCACUGCAAGGUGAAGCCUAAUUUCCCCUUCCUGCUUUUUAUGAGAGCUAGCGAACAGAUGGAAGGUGAUAAUGGUACACAUCCAAAGAGUGCCCCAGAGAGCAAGAAAAGCAGUUCUCCCAAACCUAAAGGCUGCGGCAAGGUGGCCCCGAGCCAAGGAGCAGAGAAGGCGGUUAGUGAGGCCGCUGAGCAGCAGGCAGAAGCCAGUGUGGCUGAGCCUUCAGGGCCGGGGAGCAAAGGUGAGCCAGAGUCAGCAGAGCAGGUGCACGAGCACAGUUUGGAGAGUCAGACUCAGAAGGCUCCAGAAACCCCGGUGUGUGACUCAGACCCUUCUAAAGAAGCCCCUCAGGCCACCUCAGCAGGGAAAGAAAGCCAGGAGGGACCCAAACAUCCCACCGGCCCCUUCUUCCCAGUUUUGAGCAAAGAUGAAAGCACUGCCCUCCAGUGGCCGUCGGAACUGUUGAUUUUCACCAAGGCAGAACCCUCCAUUUCAUACAGUUGUAACCCGUUGUAUUUUGACUUUAAACUUUCAAGAAACAAAGAUAACAGAGCAAAAGGGACAGAAAAGCCAAGAGAUGUAGGCAGCUGUUCAAAGGACCAUCUCCAAGGCCUUGACGCUGACCCUGGUGAGCCAAAUACCAGCAAGGAGGGCGGCGAGAAUGUGGAACACAGCUCAGGAGGCAAAGUGGAUGCACCUGCUUCAGCAUCUGCCUGUAGCAUCCCGAGGAAGGAGGAGCCUGGGGGCAGCCACGGGUCCGAGACAGAGGACACCGGGAAAAGCCUUCCUGGCAAGAAGGAACGAUCCGGCAAGUCUCACCGACACAAAAAGAAAAAGAAACACAAAAAAUCCAGCAAACACAAACGGAAACACAAGGCUGACCCAGAGGAGAAAAGUUCGAAGGCAGAGUCUGGGGAGAAGUCUAAGAAGCGCAAAAAAAGAAAACGGAAGAAGAAUAAGUCAUCAGCCCCUGCAGAUUCCGAACGGGGACCCAAACCAGAACCUCCUGGAAGUGGUAGCCCCGCACCCCCAAGGCGACGGCGAAGGGCCCAGGAUGAUUCGCAGCGGAGAUCCCUCCCCGCUGACGACGGGAGCAGCGGCAAGAAGGAGGAGGGGGGUGGGGGCAGCUCGCAGGGUCACGGCGGGAGGAAGCACAAGGGUGAGCCUCCAGCUUCGUCCUGCCAGCGGAGAGUGAGCACCAGACGCGGCAGCAGAUCCAGCCGCCGGAGUCGCCCGAGCAGUGGGGAUGAGGAUAGCGAUGAGGCUUCCCUGCACCAGAAGUCUCCGUCCCAGUACAGUGAGGAAGAGGAGGAGGAAGACUCGGGGAGUGAGCAGUCCCGCAGCCGCUCCCGCUCUGCGCGGCGGCACCCCUCACACCGGUCCUCCCGGCGCUCCUACUCCAGCAGCUCCGACGCCUCCUCAGACCAGAGCUGCUACAGUAGAGAGCACAGCUACUCAGAUGACAGUUACAGUGACUACAGCGACCGCUCACGGAGACACUCCAAGCGCUCCCAUGAUUCGGAUGACUCCGACUACGCCAGCUCCAAGCACCGGUCCAAACGGCACAAAUACUCGUCGUCCGAGGAUGACUAUAGCCUCAGUUGCAGUCAGUCCCGAAGCCGGUCUCGCAGCCACACCAGGGAGCGUUCAAGGUCCAGGGGCCGAAGCCGCAGCAGCAGCUGCAGUCGCAGCCGGAGCAAGCGGAGGAGUCGCAGCACCACUGCGCACAGCUGGCAGCGAGGCAGGAGCUACAGCAGGGACCGCAGCCGCAGCACCAGGAGUCCUUCCCAGAGGUCAGGCUCCAGAAAGGGGUCGUGGGGUCAUGAGAGCCCCGAGGAGAGGCGUUCGGGUCGACGUGACUUCAUCCGCUCGAAAAUUUACCGUUCCCAGUCUCCCCACUACUUCCGAUCAGGCCGGGGAGAAGGUUCUGGAAAGAAAGAAGAUCUCAGAGGAGACGAUGGUAAAGGGACCAUCCUCCCCGCUCAGAACAACAUUGGCGCAGGAAGGGCAUUAGAAGGGGAUUGCAGCCCUGAAGACAAGAACUCCAUUACCGCCAAACUGCUGCUGGAGAAGAUCCAGUCAAGGAAGGUAGAAAGGAAAUCCAGCGUGAGUGAGGAGGUGCUGGCCACCCCUGGCAAAGCUGGGCUUAAGCUCAAGGACCCCCCACAAGGUUACUUUGGGCCCAAGCUCCCCCCUUCUCUCGGCAGUAAGCCUGUCCUGCCACUGAUAGGGAAGCUGCCAGCUACCCGGAAGCCCAGCACCAAGAAAUGUGAAGAGUCUGGCCUGGAGAGGGCGGAAGAGCAGGACCAGUCGGAGACGGAGGAAGGGCUGCCAGGGAACAGCGAGCCCCCGUUUGGCCAUCAGUUCCCCUCAGAGGAAACAGUUGGCCCCUUAUCAGACCCACCCCCAGAAGAGCCAAAGCCUGAAGACGCUACUGCUGAGCAUCCUGUGGCUCCCCUUGGCACCCCCGUGCACUCUGACUGCUAUUCUGGGGACCCAGUUAUCUCCCAUAACUACCUCCCUGACCCCAGUGACGGGGACACCCUGGAGUCCUUGGAUAGUGGUAGUCAGCCGGGACCUGUGGAAUCCAGCUUGCUGCCCCUCGCCCCAGACCUCGAACACUUCCCUGGUUACGCACCUCCCAGUGGGGAGCCGAGUAUUGAGUCGGCGGACGGGGCCGAGGACGCGUCCCUGGCGCCCCUGGAGAGCCAGCCCAUCACCUUCACUCCCGAGGAGAUGGAGAAGUACAGCAAGCUGCAGCAGGCCGCGCAGCAGCACAUCCAGCAGCAGCUCCUGGCCAAGCAGGUGAAGGUCUUCCCGGCCUCCGCCGCCCUGGCCCCGGCAGCCCCGGCCCUGCCGCCCCUCCACAUUCAGCAGCCAGCCACCGCCUCCGCCACCUCCAUCACGACGGUGCAGCAUGCCAUCCUGCAGCACCACGCGGCCGCCGCCGCCGCCGCCAUCGGCAUCCACCCCCACCCUCAUCCCCAGCCGCUCGCCCAAGUGCAUCACAUCCCCCAGCCGCACCUGACCCCCAUCUCCCUGUCCCACCUCACCCACUCCAUCAUCCCCGGCCACCCUGCCACCUUCCUGGCGAGCCAUCCGAUCCACAUCAUUCCCGCCUCCGCCAUCCACCCGGGGCCCUUCACCUUCCACCCCGUGCCACAUGCCGCGCUCUACCCAACUCUCCUGGCCCCGCGGCCCGCUGCAGCAGCUGCCACUGCUCUCCACCUUCACCCUCUGCUCCACCCCAUCUUCUCAGGUCAGGACCUGCAGCACCCCCCUAGCCAUGGCACAUGAACCUGGGGGGCGGGAGCCCAGGUGGGGCCCAUGAGAUGGCCCGUACCUCCCCUUGAGGGGCGUGGGGCCAUUGAUACCAGCAGGUAGAAGCUGGACGGGCAGCGGCUGACAGCCAAAGAAUCUCUGAGUUUUGGCUUGUGGCGGUGGAUCAGAUUUUGAGGUUUGCUUUCGGUUGAUUAUCAGGGAUUUUUUUUUUCCCCCUCCCCCUUUCUCUCUGUCCCUCCCUCUCCUGGGUUUCUAAGCUUGGGUACAUAUCGGCAAGUGCUGCCCGCCCUCUGCAGCAACACCUCCAACCCCCCAGGUUAGAUGCUCCCCGUCCUGCCUCCGCUUGGCCACCGUCCCCUUCCGUAAAGCUGAGCACGUCGGCCUUCUCCCUGGCUGGCAGGUUGUCCAUCUGGUCCUGCCUUCUCGGUGUCUUUGACCGCCCCUUGGUGGAGCUUAUGGGAUCCCCGGUGAGGUGGAGAGGGAGGCAGGCCUGGAUUCAGAUGCUCCUCGGGCCAUCAGCCAGUCGGCCCACUUCCCACAGAGAGCCACGCGUUGGCACUCUCGUCCCACGUCCCAGAAGAGACACGUGCAUAUCUCAGAGAAGAUCUAUCAUGAAUGGGAGCUGUGGGGCUGCCCGCGUGCUUCCCCGGGGAGGAGCUCAUGUGUCUGAGGGUGUAUUUUCUUCUGUCAUGUUGUCGUUUUCCUUAAUUUAUAGGAUUUUUUUAAUGUAAAAAAAAAAUUGCACUGAACUCUAUAAACGUAAAUGCUGCUUUUUGUAGCUCAUAUUAAAAAGUUGCAUAUUUGUAGUAUACUGCAAUAAUAUUUUUUACAUCCAGCUCUUUAAGUGAUCCUUGUUCUGGUGGCUUUGUGUAAAUAUGUUUGCCCUAGUUGAAUUAAGAAACUUUAAAGGUUAUAAAAUAAAAACAAAAAAUAAAAAGUAUUUGUUUUCUGCUAGAUGCAAAAAUGACUAAGCAUGUAUAUUUUAUCAAGCUCAUGUAUUUUUGAAGUUAUGAACUAUAAAAAUGUUAAAAAGAGAAAUCCUGUUUAACAUUUUUUUUUUUUUUGCUGGGACAAAAUGUUUAAUAAUUUGCAGUAAGUGGAGCCCCCAGCACUGGGAACUUGGAACUAAUGGGCAACAGUCAGCUGGGGUGUCAGAGGGAUACUCAGUUCCCCGAGUCUCAUGCAUGUGUUUUGCUGUUUCACAGAGAAACAGGCGGGCCCCACAGAGGAGGGAGAGACCGGGAGUGUGGUUCUCUGGCAGCAGUGGGACGUGACGGUUAGGGAGUCCUGGGGUUCCGGGUGCCUUGCUCUGGGCAGUGUAUUUGCCUACCUACUACUACUUAGUCCCCUCCAACAACUUUUUUUUUUUUAAUGUGCCUUUUGGGUUGGCUAGAAACUGAAGAUGAAAGUUGGAAUAAUUUUAAGUCCUAUGAGUUCCUAUGCUUCGUUGUUUCCAUGCCUUCUGCCCACCUUUGUUUAAGCAGUGACUUUUUUUUUCCUCUCCCCUUUUCUCCCACGACACCUACCAGAGGAAGUAUCACCUCAGUCCCUCCUCCUCGUCCUCACCUUUAGCCCAGGUCCUCAGUUCUAAUACGCACAAUGACCCAGAGGGAAUAGAACAUGACAGAUCUCGCCUGUGCUCGGUUCCCCAUGCAGCCUUUCCUUACCCAUCCCUGUGGCUAGCCUGGGGCGGGGGGGGGGGGGGUCAUCUGACAGCAAAAACAAACCCUGCUUACCUGGGCCAGGACUCUGCCUUCUCAGCUUCCCAAAAGACAAAGGUUCUGAGCUGGAGAGAAGCAAGUGCCGGACAGACGGACAGACGAGGCUCCGGCAGUUGGGAACGACACUUUGUAGAUACUAGCACUGGAACAAGGAAACCAGCAGUUCAAAGUGAAGGGACUCCCCCCCCCCCUUUAGCUCAUGUAAAUAUUUAAAUAAUACAGUAUUAACAUUUUUUGUGCUGCUUCCCAUUAGCUUGCUAGAUCGAGCCAUACUCUGGCUGCCUCUCUGCCUCCUGGGCUCAGUUUUAAUUACAGAAUAGUGGUUUUAAAACCUUUUUUUUAUUUAAAAAAAAAAAGGACAGCAAAAUAACCUAUCCUUACAAGCAAAACAGAGUGUAUUUAACUUUAUCACAUAUGAUAGAUAUAUAUGCUGUAAAAUUAGGAAAGGAACUUUCUAAUAAACCAAUGAUUUGUGGAAA